AUGAUCUUAGUUCAGAGUUGUGCAUUCGUGGUUCUUGUUUGUGCAAUUGUACAGGCUGGGGUUCUGAAACCUUCUCAAGAAAAUGUUCCUGGUCUACGAAAUUCUCAUUCGAACGACCUGAUUGAAGAGCUAACUGGACAGUUUCGCGGAGAUUUGGUACUCCGUACAGAACAAGGACAAUCCCUUGGGGAUAACAAACGUAGCACUCUCGCCUCUAUAAGUUCUCGUUGGCCAGGAGGCAUUGUUCUGUACUCGAUUUUCGAGCAACAUUUCACUUCAGCACAAAUAGAACACAUUGAAAAAGCUAUGAACCACGUUGAAUCUCAUAGCUGUGUUAAAUUUGUGAAGCGCACUGUUGAGAGGAAUUUUGUAAACAUCACUGGACAUGGUACGGGAGGAUGCUCUUCCUCAGCGGGUUAUACAACUGGUCUACAAGUAUUGAACUUACAUCCUACACCUGUUGAUACUGAGUGCUUCAAACUGGGCGAAAUCGUUCACUUAUUACUACACACGCUGGGUUUCAUACAUCAGCAUUCCGUCUUCAAUCGGGAUGAGUAUGUGGAAAUUCUGUGGGAAAAUGUGGACCCGAACAUGGAGCAGAAUUUCCACCGAUAUGCCGAUCAUUUGUUGGAAGACUUCGGAGUUCCGUACGAUUACGACAGUGUGAUGCAUUACGGUGAGACUACCUACAGCAAGAACGGUAAGAGGACGAUAGUGCCAAAGGACCCGAAUGCUCGAAUUGGUCAGCGCGAAGGUUUGAGCACAGGAGACAUAAUUAAACUCAACUUGCGGUAUGAGUGUGCUUAUCAAAAAUAA